ACGCGCUCACUUCUUGACCGCCCCGCAGCCGAGCCGGGUCAGAACCAGCGCCUCCUCCAGCGCGUCAUUACGCAUCCACACAGCCAUGGAAGUGAACGCAGAAGCGCGGCGGAUUCUGGCCGUGUCCGUGAGCAAGCUGUACGCGUCCCGAAGCCAAAGAGGCGGGAUGAGACUCCACCGGAGCCUCCUGCUCUCCCUGGUCAUGAGGUCCGCCCGGGACAUCUACCACUCCUCCCGGGAGAGCGAGACCCCGCCGGCGGAGCCGAUGGAAACCGGCCGCCGAGCCGAGACGGACAGUCCAGUUUGGAACUCGGGCGAACCCAACCCGGAGGUGACUGUUGACAUGGACGAAGGGCGCGAUUGUGAAACAAGUGAGGACAAAGAGAACGCGAGUCCGGCGAGAGCGUCCAGGAAGCGGCGAGGCAAAGCGUCCGCGGCGCCCGACUUCCUCCCCAGCAAGAGGGCGAGGCUGGAGUGCGGAGAGGAGCGCUACGCGGCCCCGCUGGGCAGCUGUCGAGCCGGGGACUGCCUCGCGGCUCUGACCCUCAACCGGGUCAUACCCGCCUUCUGAGCAGAUGGCGACGGAAAACGGCCUCCAAUUGGACUUUGGAGCUGGCUGAUCGUUUAAAGCCUCGAGGGUGAUCGCACCGAGGAGGUGACCUACAUCCGCGGCCCCGGGACCCAAGGAUUACCGCGCCGCAGAGAGCGAAAGAGCGAGACACCUGAAGCGGAAGUUCGGAAAGUUUCAAGCCGAAGUGACUCAGAAACUGUUGACUCAAACGUGUGUCAUUCGGGCGAAACACUGGCGGUGAACGUUGAACCGCAGUGACACACGCUGGAGGGAUUUUCCUCGCCCGACAGGAGCAAGGCUGGACGAGGACAUUCAACCGCUGCUGUGGACUUUGACCCCUCCGAUAUGGAGGUCAACGCAACCACCACCCAUGAACACUAGCGCACAACGCGUCUCUACGUGUAUGUGCUGAGAAAAUCUACCUCAAAUGCUGAAGCUGCUUGUGUGAGAAUCGUUUGUAAUAAAUAAGUUGACUCACAUGUUUUGGAUUCUUGACCCAUGUGUUUCCAGGGAUUAUGAUGACCAAUGAACACUCACUUAAACACAUCAAAAACACCAAAAACAACAUUGA